AAGGUGGCUGGGCGGCUCUGGUCUCAUUUCAGACACUGACACUUCAAAGGGUCUCAAAGAAAGAGAGAAACAUGGAUGUCCAGACUGGUUUCAUCGUGUUGGUCUGCUUGAUGGGAUUCACCUGCGGGGAGCCAGUGAAGUUCAUGGACUGUGGCUCCUCUGCUGGCAAAGUGUCCAUAGUGGACAUUAGCCCUUGUGCCACUCAGCCAUGUCAGCUACGUAAAGGAGAGUCCUACAGUGUCAAUGUGACCUUCACCAGUGCUGUGGAGAGCAAGACAAGCACAGCAUUGGUUCACGGUAUUAUUGCGGGAAUUGCCGUCCCCUUCCCCAUUCCCAUAGAAGAUGGCUGCAAGUCUGGAAUCCAGUGUCCCAUCCAGAAGGAACAGACGUAUCACUAUCUGAACUCGCUUCCUGUGAAGACUCAGUAUCCUGCAAUAAAGCUGGUCGUGGAGUGGGAACUGAGCGACGACGACAAAAAAGACUUGUUCUGCAUCAAGUUCCCAGUUCAUAUUGUGAGCUAAGCCAGCAACAGUACCUCUCUGACAAGUGUUAUAUUUUUUUAUUUG